GUUACAUCCUUUUGCCCAAUAAUGAAUUCAGUCUUUGGCAGGCAGCUGAGAGGCAAACUGCAGUGUAGAGGAACAAGAGAGAGAGAGAGAGAGAGAAUGCGUGUGUAAGCUGGAUUGCUUCGCUAUAGCAACACAUCUGGACUGCACAGCCUUUGCCUCGUUAUUUCCCCUUCUUUGACUGAUUGUCACUCCCUAUAGCCAGCUGGGACUGAUCUCUCACCAUGUCCUCUGAAAAACAAGGUCUGCCAGAGGGGGGACCCCACACCUCUCCUCCUCCAUAUAAUCCACUACAGGAUCCACCUUGUAAUGGAGUGAACUCUGGGUAUGCUGCAGCCGCACCACCACCCCCACAGCCAGGGAUGAUGGGAGCAGAGGGGUAUCUUCAGGAAACACAGUUCAGCGGUACACCUCAAGGAUAUGUGGUGCAGACACACCAUAAUACAGGAACCUUACCACCAGGAGGGUUUGUACAUGUGGGAUAUCCCCUUCAGCUUCAGCCAUGUACAGCAUAUGUGCCAGUCUACCCCACUGGAACUUACCAGCCAUCAAACCCUAAUCCAGGGGCUCCUCCUGGAAUGCCUGCACCACAGAUGCCACAGAUGCCACAAAUGCCUCAGAUGCCACAAAUGCCACAGAUGCCAUCUGGAAUUGCUAUCAUGGAGCCUCGUCGGCCGCCACAUGACUACCUACCCAUUGCAGUCCUGACCACUGUCUGCUGUUUCUGGCCUACUGGGAUUAUUGCCAUCAUAAAGGCUGUACAGGUGAGGACAGCACUCGCUCGUGGAGACAUGAUCUCUGCAGAAAUUGCCUCCCGUGAAGCUCGUAACUUCUCCUUCAUCAGCCUAGCAGUGGGGAUUGCCUCCAUGGUCCUCUGUACCAUCUUAGUUGUAGUUAUCAUCAUUGCAGCACAGCACCAUGACGAUGACCUGAAUCCUUAGCAACCAAUGGAAACAGUAUAAACAGAGUGUGGAUAACUUAAGGGGUUCAUCACCAUACCCAUUUGCAGGACUUCGAUCCACAAUUCCAGUCUAGUCCACUAUGCUCUCUUCUUUCAUUUUUCAAUUUUCUUUUCUUUUUCUGUCUCUCUUCUCAUCUGAUACUUUCUCUCCAUUUGUUGUUUCCCUCUCUGUGACUAUAAGACAAUAUGAUUUGGACAUUGUAAAUGUAAAUACUGUUUAAUAUGGCUUUUGUGCCAGUGACUGAAACUGGCUUAUUUACUGAAAUGUAGCAUUUCUGCUGAUGUCAUUAGUCAAUUUUCUUAGUCAUCCAGCCUGAUGCUGAAGGUGCCAUGUCCCUAUCUGAAUGGAAAUAAAGGAUUUUAUGUCCUUAAGUGGGUAAUGGGAUCUGAAGGAGCACCUAAUAAACUAGGCAACUGGUAUUGUCUCUUUUCUCCACUGAAGACACUUCCAAAGUCUGCCUCCUUCAUAAAAGGCAGAUCAUAUUGAGUGUUAUGGGAUGGCAAAAUCAGAUCCCAGUAUUUUGAUAUUUAUAACUGUAUUUAAGUGUUUCAUAGGAAAUUCCAGGGAUGCUUGAUUCAAGCAUGGAAUCAAAGAAUUUCAGAUAUAUACUGCUUGGAAAGGUUAUUGAAGUGAACUGUGUAUCUGCUAUCCCACAACUGAGAAGCUCAGAACCUCAACAGUUUUAUAGUGUACAUAGACCCAUCCAACUAUUGGUCUACUAGAGUAUCCCACAAAGGGUAAAAUCAUUAGAACCUAAGCUGUGUAUUGAUGGACAGUGGGCAUAUACCCUUCUAUUUAAAUACCUGGUAAGCAUAGUUAAUUAACACCUGAAGGCCUCAUUCACAUUACAGUGACCCUAAACAAGUUUGUCUGAGUGUAUGCCAGGAAAGAGUGAAUGAGACCUAAGGCCAUAUGUCAAACAGCAUCAUGCAGUGGGUGCACAGUUCACCAUUUUCUUUGGAUAUAUGAUAAAACAGGAUGACCUACAUUCCAGAACCUUAGCAUUUGCACAGUAAAUGCUACUUGGAACAUAUUCCAUUUGGAUGUCUCAUGGAGUAGAUACUGAAUCUCCUGGAUUGCCUUUCCAUAUGGAUAGGGUAUCAGGAUCUUGGAUCUCCAGUCAUGCUGCAGAAACAUCAGGACAGAUAAAGGUCCUACAACAUUAUAGAUUCAUAGAUUAAUACUAAGCUAACUGCCCUUGCGAGCCAGUUUAAGCUUAGCCAAUUAUCUCUUGUGAGACUCAAACCCUACACCUUGUGUUUGUAAGGCAAACACCUUAACCAUUAGGCCACCCUCCCAACCCCUUAUUAACAGUAUAUGCUACAAUAUGCAGUAUGCAUAAUUCAUUCCAUUAGGAAGCCACAUUAAUAAUUUGGAACCCAAGAUUCUAGUUAUACUAUUUGAAUAGUAAGUGUAUACUCUCCAUGACAAUGCCUGGAGGAAGGUCAUUUUAUCAAAAGAAAUCAUGAAGAAUUGUGUUGUGAAAUGCACAGUGAUCAGAUUUGCACUAUAAAAUAAUAACAGGAAGCACAAAUAAUAAAAUAAAGAUAUUUUCAUACAAGAUGUGAUAACGAUUCUCAAAUGCUUAGUGCCAUUGUUUUUUUUAUGCCAGGCUCUCGCACAAGCAAAGCAAGCAAGUGUACUAGCAGGUCUUGACGGCACAAAGUAGUUAUGCAGAAUGUUACCGUAAAGUCUUGCACUCUAAAAAGCCUCAGGAUUCAAUGCACAUUUCUGUUUGCAUGGUAUGUAGUGAUUUAUAUGCACAGUGUUGUUAUUCCUUUAUCUGCUGAAGUCAUUAAAUGAUUUUUGUUAUAUUAUUUGUUUACCGUGGUAUGGUAGUACACUGAUCAAACAUUAUCAUUUGCAGACAUGGCCCAGGUGAAAACAUAUUUACAAGUAGUACAAGAAAUGUGAAAAAUACAAAGAGAAUGUACUUAGGAACAACUAUAGCAAUGCAAAAAACACAUUUUUUUACAUAUUUGAUUACAGUUGUCAGGUUAACAGAAUAAAAGCAUUACCUUAUCAUCAUAA